AUGUUCAAGAGAAAGUGCGCGUUAAAGGAAGCACAAUCAGUCGGCAAAAGUGACGUCAAGAAGCUGAGAGCCAAUGUUGUGAGCGUCAUCGGAAUAGACAACGCAGAUAAGUUCGAUCUAGUUGUCGGCAAGAAAGAUAUGGUCACGAAACGAAAGUAUCAAUGCGGGCUUGAAUCGUCGGUUUUCGUAUACUCUGUCAAUGAGGUGCCGCUUUUUAUUUCGAUUGAUCGCCUAGGAAAGGAAGAUAAGGAUGCCAUUACACAAGCGGAUUCUUUCAGCUUUCUCAUGGUUCCCACUGUCUUCUUCUUCCUGCGCCUACACCAGCUGCUGGCCGAGAAAGGUGAAGAGUGGACAAGCCUUGUAAAUGAAGGCAUCGUUACUAUUGUUUGCCGCGGCCCGACUUCUCGAUUUCUUCUCAGCGGGGCACACUUGAUGAUGCCAGGCAUUCUGAGCACUCGGAAAAAAACGCCAGUGGUAGUGGGGGAUGUAGCACUCAUUUACUCUGUCGGUGUCGAUGUUCCAUACGCCGUUGGAAUUGUGACCAGCAACAUGACAGCGAAGCAGGAUGCAGGCGUAGGUGUAUUUGUUGUACAGUGCUUUCACGACAACCUCUGGCAAGAAUUUGAGAAUCGUUUUAUUACGAACUUUAGCCUUUCUUCUCAAUCACUUCUGAUUCCGUCUGAGUUUGGGGAAGGCGAAGUUUGUGAAAGGUUACCCGAGGUGGACUCUGCGACUGAGGAGAAUGAAAACACAGACGAUGACGUUUCGAGCAAUGAGGCUACUGAAGGGAAAAAGACGCCAGGUGUGGACUACGCCGAUGUCUUUUCGGACGAAGACACAAUGCUGAACUUUUGUCUCUGCGAAGCCAUGAAGCGAGUCUCACACUCGUUGUUGCCCAUGCCGGUGUCACAGUUCACGAGCAUUGUCGUCGCCUCGUACCCAAGAGACGGUGCCCACACUUCUGCGAUUCAGUUCAAAGAUACCAAAUACAAGAAAGCGCUUGCAUUUUUUCAAAGGUUCCCGAAUCUUCUCACCAUAGCUGAAACAAGUCCUGGCACUCAUUGUGUCACUCAAGUAAACAAAUCUGCCGACGUGAUGCGACAACACAACAUGCUCUACGCAGAUUUUCUCAGCACGAUGCAUCGGGAAGGGUGUGAAAAAGAGGUGCAAGCACUGCAAGCCAAACUCCUUGCCGAAGGUACAGGUGUGUUCCGUCAAUACAUUGUGUCUGCCGAUGUUUUCUACGCUGCACCUCGUGGACUGGAGGACGAUCUUAUACGUAUUCUGCUGAUAGGCGAGGAGCUGAACAUUCCGCGUGACACUCUGUUUCCCACAAUCGAACAGGUUGCUACCGGCACGGUUCCUGUUUUUCAAAGGACCCCUAUUGAUGACAACGUUCUCAGAGAAUUGUACACGCGGAAAACACUAGUCGACAAUUUGAAAAACUACAUAAAAACACACAAUCUGCUGGUUGUGAACGAGGUCAAAAAAGGCGAACUACCCAGUGUAAAAAUCGACGAUACGCUAUCGAAAAUGUUCACCUCCAAGGCAUACGCCUCUGAGAUGCCGGUCAAUCAAGUUGUGGAAGGUAUGCUAAGUUUGUUCCGGCUGAAGCACGAAAUUAUUUUGCAAACUAUUGUGGAGGGCUCAUCGCUAGCUAGCGGUAACUUGAAUCCGAAGCGGAUAAUCAAAAACGGACCACUCCCCACAGUUCAUUUGUGGUCUGCGAAGGUGACAAACAAGAGGUUCAUUACAGUUCUGCAGAGUUUGGAGUCUUUUGGGUUUGAUCUUCAGAUACUCGCCGAUCAAUGGAAAAAGGAGUUUUGUACGAGCUCUUGUGUCGUCGACCCGUCGACGACGAUGAAAAAUUUGAAGCCCGGGACGAAAAUACCACUCGAAAUCCAUUUACAAGGCAAACUGGACACCAAGAUUGCGGCUGCACUCCUGAAUGAAGCAAAAUUUCCACCGCCGCAGCUUGUUUGCAAAAAAAGAUAA